AUGGAAAAUGUAAUUUCUGCUGUAUCGCAUAUGGGAAAUAAAAAUAGGACUCUUUUGCAAACGAGUUAUGUGUUAGCAAAAAAUGAAAACUUAGAUUUGAACUGUGGUACACGCGUUUUACUGGACUGUGGUUCGAUGCGUAGCUUUACCACGCAAAACAUAGCUAAUAAAUUAAAAUGCAAAGUACUAAGGAAAGAAAAAUUGUCAGUGUACACAUUUCGAAGUAAAACCCCCAUCGAAAAAUUCUACGAUGUCAUCAAACUUACGUUAAUCAACAGAAACUCUCCCGACUCAAAAAUAGAAAUUGAAGUGUUGGUUACCGACGAAAUAUCAGGAUCAAAUAUUCCCCCUCGAGAAGUUGAAGAUUUUAAGGGUAUGAAACACUUAAAAAAUAUGACACUCGCGGAUUUUCCAGAAAGUAAAGAACCCAUUACAAUUUUAAUUGGUGCUGAUUAUUAUUAUAACGUGGUAACGGGAAAUAUUAAACAUUUGAGCAAAGCACUAGUUGCAGUUGAAACAAUUUUCGGUUGGUGUUUACAAGGGAAAAAUAGUGAAAAUAACUUUUCCUUAAUGAUGAAUGUAGUCGUAGAAAAUAGCGCGAUUUCAGAACAAAUUCAGAAGUUUUGGGACUUAGAAACUUCAGGUCUUAUUGAUUCAAAGCAAGAUGCUGAUCCAACAGAAAAUGACAUCAUGAAACAAUUCGAGUCUCAGAUCAAAUAUGAAAACAAAAGGUAUACAGUGGGGUUACCAUGGAAGUUAGAAAAGCGGGAUUUAAAAGAUAAUUGGAAGAUAGCUGAAGAGAGAUUUUCUAGGCUUAGAAAAAGAUUUUAUAGAAACCCGAGUUGUCCAAAUUUAUGCUCUGAAAUAUUUGAUAUUUUAUUGAGAUUUCGCUUUCAGCCCAUUGCUUAUACCACGGACAUGAAACAAGCAUUUUUGCAAAUUUCGCUCAACGAAGAAGAUAGAGAUGUUACUCGUUUUUUCUUUACCGAUGACCCCUCGAACGAAUCUAUUGCACCCCAGGUUUAUAAAUUUACUCGCGUUCUAUUCGGCAUCAGUAGCAGUCCGUUUUUAUUGGCAGGAACUUUGAAAUAUCAAUUGAAACAGUAUACUGAAAAAUAUCCGGUGACUACAAAAUUUUUAAAUGACAAUAUUUAUGUCGAUGACAUCAUCGGUAGUCAUGCAUCUGUAGAUGAAGCCUUAUCUCAUACAUUAGAGUCCAUAUCAAUUUUCGAAGAUGCUAGUUUGUCACUACACAAGUGGCGCACUAAUUCGAAGACCCUCCUCGAAUUGUGGAAAAAACAUGGAGUGAUUUCGAGUGAUUAUGCCGAACCCCUCAAAGAAGAAAAUAUGACUUACAAAGUCUUAGGUAUACCAUGGGACAACUUAAAGGACAUUCUUUAUUUUGAUGUUGGAGAUCUAGUCAAAUUUGUUUCUAGAGGAACUGACAUUAAACGAUACGUGCUCCAGGUCUUAGGACACAUCUUUGAUCCUAUCGGAAUUUUAGGUCCUUUUAUAGUUAACCCUUCAGAUACCUUGUCGAGGAGAGCAAAAGUUUCUAAACUGCUAGAAGAUCCAACCUGGCUGACAGGACCGCAGUGGCUAAAAAAUUCUCCAGAAUACUGGCCGAAGCCAGAAAAUGAUGAAGCAAUAAAUACAGAAUAA